UAUACUUUUUGUAUACUUUCUCAACUCUCUUCAUUGUAUCGAAUGUGUCAAGAUUGAAAUAAGGCAAAAGAUAUACUCGCAAUUACGAAACUCGAUUCUGCAUCCAGGGUUUACUUCAAACGAUCCGCGCGAACACCGAUAUAAAGCAACCAAUCUAACGGCUCGUUCCUGAAAUCGAGCGCUUCAAAUAUUAAUUGGAGAAGCUGAGGAAGGGUCGAAGUUGAGGGGUUCAAGAUCAAAUCAUCAGGAAAGAACAAUACGACAAACAGAAACCACUGGAAUGGGAACUGAGAGUCAAUACCUUCGAUCAAUUACCCAUUCACAAAUACAAAUCAAUCACAGUUUAAACACACGCGCGCAUUGAGGUUUCGCAAUCGCGAGAAGAAUCAAUUUUACCCUUUUGUUUUACAAAGCAACGAAAUACAACAGUUUAAACAUAAUUGAAAGUAUCUUGCGCGCAAUUGCGAAUUGUUGGUUCUAUUAAGAGAAAAUGGGUUCAACACAAUUUGGAAAUUUCCAUAACUUCUGCCGUGACUCGACGUUACCAGUCUGCAACCUAUUCAAUCCUCCCACCAACAGCAAUUUCGGAUACGGAGGCUGCGAGCUGACGGGUAUAUCGUUAGGCGGCGGGAAAUAUCUGGGCAAUUUGGGUUCGAUAAUAAUUGCAGGAAUUGCGAUUGUAAUCAGUGCAUUCUUAAUAUGGCGAUCCGACCGAAAGCAAGCAGCAGUGGGAAGAAGGGAAAUGCAGCUCUUUCUCCUAGGCUAUAUAAUCAUCGAAAUAUGUGAAAUAUUUACUGUGGGCGAAUUCCCAUUGAGCGCAACUGUUCGGAUAGCCUUCACCGGUAUCCACCUCGGAAUGAUUAGCGCAACAUUAUGGAUCUUGAUGCUCAAUGCUGUUGUGGGCUAUCAGAUAAUCGAUGAUGGGACAGCAAUGUCAUUGGGCCUGAUAGUUGCUUCAGCAGCAGCCAUAUUCAUCGGAACUGGAUACAUUGCCCUCGAUACUGGAUACAGCUGGACCGGACAUUUCGACUCAAGUUUAACUGGUCAAGGCAAUGGCCAAAACCGAAACAUCGCUCUCUACGUCCUAUACCAACUCGCACCACUGGUCUUUUUGUUUGUAUUUUUUGCCCUAGAAACAGUCUUGGUCAUCAAAGUUUUGGGCGAGCGUAAGCCCAUGAUCUUCUUAACGGGUGCUGCGGUUUUAUUCGCUCUUGGCCAAAUUUUCAAUUAUGUUAUCAGCCCUCACAUUUGCAGCGGCACGAACGGAAAAAUUGAUGGAGCUCUUUUCGAGACACUCUUCACUUUACUCUCUGUGGUAAUGGUAUGGACCUUUUGGUCGAGCAUCACAGAAGACGAUUGGCCAAUGCCAGUCACCAACACAUAUUCAUGAGCAAUUUAAGGAAAUCAGGGAGCAAUGGAGUUAGGAAUUUUGUUAUGCGCAUACGAAAGUCUUACGACAAUAUUAGUUUAAUACCCGAUGUGGUACAUCUUGCUACACAGAAAGCAUGAAUAUUGGCUCAAGGAUACCGCGUAUUACGGCUACAGCUCUUGUCUAUGGGGUAAUGAGGACGGAGAAUUUCACGCCAUACGAAAAUGAGGGCGGAAGUAAUAACGACAAGGGCGCAGCUAGGAAUGAUUAUAUGAAUUGGCGGAAUGGCUUGUAUAACGAUUUUGCGAGUAUUAUACCCAACAUUGAACUUAUAGUAGGAGGAGAUAGAACUUAAUUCAGAGAAUCAAAGUAGACCACUUUUUUACCACAUA